AUGCCAGUUACAGGUGUACUUCUCAAGCUUGAUUGCCGAGCGGAGCGCGUGACCAACGACAACCUCAAGAUCUUCAACUGGCUCAAGUGCUUUUGCGGCCCCUUGUUCUACAAGAACAUCACCAUUGUGUUUAGCCAGUGGGACCGAGUGCCCGAACGUGAAGACCAUGUUGCGGAACGCAGCCGGGAGGCGAAAAACACGAUCCUGCGUCGUUAUUCAGACGCGCCCAAUGGGCAGCUCCAAGUCGGGAUGGACAUGGUCGACAACCAUGACAACUGGAGGCUGACCGAGGUUGCCAAGGCGCUGUUUGCUUCCAAUCCGUCUCACACCAGACUGGUCAUUGACCAGGACCGUGGUCUUGUCGUCAGCAUCGAUGGCCAGCCUCAGCGCCUGUCGCUCACGCACACGUCCUCGUCGGGUUCUCAAACCGUGGAUCCUCAGCCCGUUGGCCCUCCGCCCGCCCCAGCCAGCGAGUCGAGCAGACAGCCUAUGAGCUGGGCUGAGUCAAUGCGCAAGUGGCCUGAAGUUGCCAAAGCGGUGGCCGACUUCUUCAAAGAAGCCCGCUCGACGGACGGCGCACCGUUUAGGUGGCGCAUCGCGGAUGCCUGGGGCAAGCUGCGCGCGUGGUGGCGGGGCGGCUCGUCGUGA